GGAAGACAGUCCCAGAGGAAGUGGUGAAAAUGAUCUUUUCCAACAUCUCCUCCAUCUACCAGUUCCAUGCUGAGUUCUUCCUGCCAGAGCUGCGGAAGCGCAUGGAGGAUUGGAACCGCAACCCCCGCAUUGGGGAUGUGAUCCAGAAGCUUGCACCCUUCCUCAAGAUGUAUGGGGAGUAUGUGAAGAACUUCGACAAGGCUGUGGAGCUCAUCACUGCCUGGUCAGAGAAAUCACCCCCCUUCCAGGAGCUCAUUGCUGAAAUCCAAAAGAGGAAGAUCUGUGCUAACCUGACACUGCAGCACCACAUGCUGGAACCUGUGCAGAGGAUCCCACGCUACGAGCUCCUCCUGAAGGAUUAUGUCCGGAAACUGCCGCCCCAGUCCCCUGACAGGGGUGAUGCUGAGAAGGCCCUGGAGAUGAUUUUUAUGGUGGCCAAGCACUCCAAUGCAGCUAUUGCAGAGAUGGAACGGCUGCAGAACCUCUGGGUGGUCUAUCAGAGACUGGGCCUCGAGGAUGACAUCGUGGAUCCCUCCAACGAGCUGAUCAAGGAGGGACCAAUCCAAAAAAUCUCCACCCGCAACAACAGCACAUCGGAGAAGUACCUGUUCCUGUUCAACAACAUGCUGCUGUACUGCGUGCCCAAGGUCAUCCAGGUGGGCGCUGAGUUCCAGGUCCACCUGCGCAUGGAUGUGGAGGGCAUGAAGGUGCGGGAGCUGAAGGACACUGAGUUCCCUCACACCUUCCUGGUUUCAGGAAAGCAGCGGACGCUGGAGCUCCAAGCCAGGUCUGCAGAGGAGAUGAAUGACUGGAUCAAGGCCUUCCAGGAUGCCAUUGACAGGAAGGAGAAGAGGAGUGAGACCUUUAAGGCAGCAGUGCAUGGACUGGAGACAGACACCCCUGCACUGAAGACAGAGGAGCUGGGCCGCUGGGCCCCGCAGUGGGUGCGGGACAAUCUGGUGACCAUGUGCAUGCGCUGCAAGGAGCCCUUCAACGCCAUCACCCGCCGCAGGCACCACUGCCGGGCCUGUGGAUACGUGGUGUGUGCUCGCUGCUCCGACUACAAGGCCGAGCUGCAGUACGAUGGGAACCGCCCCAACCGCGUCUGCCAGGAGUGUUUCAUCUUCCUGACCGGCCACACGGUUCUCGAGGACCGUGAGGGGAAGUACAAAGGCACCCUGGAGAAAGGAGCUGCAGAGGUAUCGAGCAGGAGUUUGCUCUGCAGUUUCCUGCAGCUGCUGGACAAGAACGGCAAGGGGGGCACACGGGGCUGGUUCGUGAUCCCAGAGGAUGAUCCCCUCGUGCUCUAUAUCUAUGCAGCCCCGCAGGAUGUCCGAGCCCACACUUCCAUCCCUCUGCUGGGCUACCAGGUGCGGGACAUGCCGCAGAGCGAGUCCCGGCACCUCUUCCAGCUGACGCAGUCCCGGCAGGUGUUCACCUUCAUGGCCGACACCGAGGAGCUGAAGCGGCGCUGGAUGAAGGCCAUGGCUCGCUCUGCCGCGGGGAUCACUCACCCCGAGGAGGAGGAGGAGGAUGCAGGCCCCUGUGAUGAAGCAGAAUGAGGCCAUUCCCACCCCUGCGCUGCCUGGCUCCCCAGAAAUGUUGCCCAGGCAGAAGCUGCCAUUUCUGAGCCUACCAGGGGUCUCAUGCACAGAGCUGGAGGAGCCCACGAUCCCUGGCAGUUACAGCACAGCAGCUUUGGGCAGGGCCCAGGGGUGUCACAGGCUGAACAGAUCCCUGCAGACUGGGAAGGGAGGUGGAGGAGGAUACUGCAGAUGGGGAAAGGAUGGGGGGUAGAGAUGA